AUGACUAUCCCUAAGCUGCUGCUGAACCUGAGGGAGAUCAUCCAGCGACCGGACGUGACCGCGCUGAGCCUCCUGUGGCGAGAAGGCGCGGGCCCCCUGGUGGACAGCGGCACCUCCCUUGACUCCCGGGGGCAGCUCGACACGGAGCAGAUGCAGCCGAUCAGCAGUCCCACCGCACGAGCGGCGGCCGCGGCCGCUUCCGCGGCGGGGGGCGGGGGAUCGAAGGGUUCCUUUACCUCCACGGCUAGCUCGCCGAUGAAGCGGGCCGACGAUUUCGCCUCGCCGUUAUCGCCGCCACCGCCGCCGCCGCCGCCGCCACCCGACGAGGACGACCCGGCGAUCGCCGCCGGUGACGCCACCGCCACGUCGACCGCGGCCGGCUGGACAUCGGCGCGCAAGGGCAUCGACAGCGAGCUAGCGCUGCUGUACCUGCUGGACGUGUCCGCCUUCCACCGGCUCGUGGCGGGGACGGAGCAGGGGGCGGCAGCGACUGGCCCAUCGUCCUUCGGGUCGCGGCGGAUGAAGUCGGUCGGCGCGCUGCAGGGCCUCGGGAGUUUCGUGUCUCGGAAGGUGUCCGGGUCCCGAGGGAGCGGCAGGCACCAGGACGGCGGUGUAGAUAGCGACGUCGGAGAUGGCGGCGGCGCCGGGAGCAGGCGCAGGGCAAGCUCGAGCAGUGGGGGGUUCGGGGAGCUCCCGGCGGGGAAGAUGGCCGAGCUCCGGCGACAGCGGGAGGCCGCCGGGGCGGCGUCCAACAUGAUGGGGGGGAGCUUCGGCAGCGGCAGCGCGCACUCGGUGCCGUCGCCGGCGGACAGCUGGGACAGCGCCGGGCACUGGGAUGAGAAGAAACAGUACCAGAUCCAGCUGGGAGAGGAGGCCGGCGACGGCAUCCCGGCGGCUAUCGACGGCAAGGCGCGGAAGAUUCUCGGCCUCCCGCCCCACCGCAGGGCCAGCGUGGGUGCAUCUGCCUCCGCCGGAUCCUCCCCAGCACCAGGGGCGCAUGGGGGGGGGGCGGGGAGACCGGGAGGGGCCGCGGGAGGGGCGGGGAGACCGGUAAGGGCGGCGGGAGGGGCGGGGAUGCCGCCACCGCCGCCUCCCAGCCGGUCAGGGUCGCUCCCCAAGAGAACACCGGUCCGCCCCGUGCAGGCGAGCCCGUCUCCGCUUCCUGUGCAGAAUCAACAGCACCACUUCCCAGGAGACGGCUCGGCCGCCGCCGGUUGGGGGCCGCCGCUACAGCCUGGGACAGGGGGUGCGGCGGCGGCGGCGGCGGGUGGGGCUGGUGGCCACGACGCGGUGCUGAGCACGCCCGAGACGGGGACAUCGAUGUCGCCCUUCGCCGGAGGUGGCGUCUACGGCGUCAUGUCAACGAGCUCCAGCGGCUCCGAGGACGGCGACGGCGGCGACGACGGUAGUAGUGGUUCGAGAAGGCGCAAGCGCGGCGGCGGCGACGGGGACGGCGGCGGUGAGAGCUGUGGCGGCGGUGACGGCGGCGGUAAAGCGUUCCGCUCGUCGAAGUCCAGCAGCAGCGGCGGCGGCAGCGGACAUCUCCCCCCCCGCGACGGGACAUCGAGGGCGGCGGCCAGGGCUGCCCGGAUGGAGGCGGACAAGCUGGCCGCGCUGCGCCACUUCGUCUCCGAGGCGAAGCUGGAGACCAAGGCCAGCCGGAGCGGCGGCGGCGGCGCUGCGGCGGUCGACGCUGCGGCGGAAGCGGCGACCCGCGGUCGUGGUCGUGCGAGGAGCGGGAGCGGUGGCGCGCAGCUGGUGGUGUGGAACGAUACGGAGGAGGAGGAUGCCCGGGCGGAGAUGGCCAGGAUAGAUCCGCCGCUCUUGCCCUCGGGAGAGCUCCUGCCGGAGGAUUCCAAGGCGUGGAAAUUGCUGGGUGCCGGGGGCAGCGGCAACGGGAAAGGCGUCGGCGGCGUCGGCGGCAGCGUCCGUUCUUUUUCGGGAUCCAGCCUGCCGAGCGCCCUGGUGGCCACUUCUAGGUCGGAGGAGUUCGACGUGGGCUCCCUCCGCAGCAAGCUCGCUCGACGCGGCGACAACAAGCUCUCCCCGAGCCCGUCGCCGCCGCUGCACCCCCGGCUGACCAUGGAAGGGUACGGGCGGACGGCGGACGGGCGCCCGCUCAGCCUCUCGCUCGCGUCCUUCGACAUCGGCGCCGGCACCGCGAGCAAGGUGGCGAAGCAGUGGGCGGCGUGCAACAGCGUCGUGCCCACCCCGCACGGGGGCACGACGCGGCGCGCCGACCCGCCCCUCAGCCCGGGCGUGCAGACGCCCCCGCCCCUGUCCCCGCCGGGCAUCUCCGACCUCGGCAGCGUCGUCGUCUUGGGCAACGACUCGAACAAGGCGCUGACCUUGACCAUGAGCGGCGCCAGCGGCGGCGGCGGCGACGCCGUCGAACACGACGGCAGACACGAGCAGAAAAACACCCUGCGUUCCCCGGUCAGCGCUCGCGGCGGCCCCCGGUCGCACUGGGCUAGCACCACCGCGGCGGAGGCGGAGGCGGCGGCGGCGGCGGUGUCUCCGCCGAGCUGGGGCGCGCGGAAGGGAUUCUCGUCGUCGGGGCACUCUCCCGCGUCGACGCCGAGGGCGGGCGGAAGCUCUAACACCACAGGAGGAGGCGGCGGCGGCGGCAGCAGCGGGUCGGUAGUGAUCAGGACUCCGGGCAGGCUGCCCCGCAGGCUGCACCAGGGCGUGAACAAGGUCAAGCGCGCGGUCGGAGUCGGCGAGUACAACCCCGGCAGCGGUCAAGUCAUGCCGGCGGGUGGCUCUGCCGCCGGCCCGCGCACCCCUCGCGGCGGCGGCGGCGGCAGCAGCGACGGUGGGUUCGACACUGGCGCCACCGCGUCGGUGCACGCGCCAUCUCCCCGCCGGGGGUUCCGCCGAACCGGUUCUGCAUCCGGGGCAGACGGCGAGAGCAGCAGCAACUGCGGCGGCGGCGGUACCGGUGGCGGCAACAACGGUCGGCCGCCCGCCCGGAGUCCUCGUGUGACCGUGACGCCGUCCUUUUCUUCCUCCGGCGAGGCGGAUCCGCCCCAGCGGCAGAUGGCGACGCUGCUGCCUCCCAGGAGCGGCGGCGGCAGCGGCGGUGGCCCGAGGCAGCAGCAGAGUACUGCGGCGUCGGCGUCGGCCGCGGCGGCGAACGCCGCGAUGGUCGCGAUGAAGAUGAUGGACUCGCCGAUGGGGGGAGGAGGGGCGCCGGGAGAGGGAAGCGGCGGCAGCGGCAGCAGCGGCGGCAGCGGCGACGCCGCCGGCGGGGGUGCAAUGUCUCUCCAGAAGAAGAAGCACAAACUUGAUCGCCUGGUCAAGCUGCUCGGCCCCGAGUUUCGGGAGGAGAUCUGGGAGUCCAUGUCCUCCAAGCAGGUCGCCGGCGGCGCGGCCACCACCGGGGACGGCGACGGGAACGACACUGGUGGCGGCGGUGGCGGCAGCCUCCUGGGAACGUCGACGCAGUCGACACCCGCGGCUAGCUCCUCUCUCUCUGGGUGGACGGUUGGCGGUGGCGGCACGCGCGGCGCCGUCGACGUCUCCCUGGACGGCAGCGUGCGCAGCGGGCAUGGCACCGGCAGCGGCCCCUCGGGGGUGAAGGCCGGCGGCAGCAAUAGGAGGUGGUCCAUGGAACACGGCCUCGGUGGCGGGGGCGGGAUGUGCAACGGCGGUGGCACGGGCGGCGUGCACUACGAACCGGGAGCCGGCCUCGGCAGCGGCAGCGGCGGUGGUGGGGGGUGCGGUGGAACCUUCGGAAAUUCCGGUGGCCUUGCUGCGGGCGGGGGCGGCAGCGUCGCGAAGGGCGGGAAGAUGACCAAGUUCCCGUACCAGAAGCGCCUUCGGGAGGGCCUCGACGCUGCCUACCAGAACCGCGGCAUGCUCUUCUGCCUCCAAGAGGCCCUCCUCUACGUCCGGGGCAAGGACCCCAUCUGUCCCGGGUACAGCCCGCGCUGGUGGCCCAGCAGCCCGGCUACUUCCCCCCAGAUCAGGGCGCCCCUCGUGGGGUCUUGGUUCGAGGGGCGGCGGGUUGGGGCCGCGUCGCUGCUGCCGUGGCAGAUGCGGCACAACCUGUUCGGGGAGGGCGCGCUGGCGAAUGGCGGCGGGGCUGGUGCCGGUUCGCCGUCGAGGGUGCGGGCCGACGGGACUCGGGUGCCCCCGAUGAUGGUCCUUCCGCUCUCGGCCGUCCAGAAGAGGCUGCCGGAUUUCGACGAAGGGUUGACGGUACCGGUGUCGGAAAUCCCGCGGAACGCCGUGGUGGUAUGGGUGAGCCACUACUGGGGGGGAACCCCGGCGCGGCCGGACGACCAGGGAAACACCAAGGCCAAGGCCAUCUACGAAGGCCUGGUGAACCUGGACCGAGGCGACGUGUACGUCUGGGUGGACGUGUCCUGCCUGCCCCAGAGCGCCCAGCAGCCGGCCGGCGGCGGCGGCGGCGACGCAGCGGUGCCGACGACUCCAAGGGGGAAGGCGGUGGCGGAGGCGGUGGCGUUCUCGAGCUCGGGGCGGUCUCAGACGGAGGUCGAGGCCCUGGAAGAGGUGGGACAGCGAGCCAGAACCAUAAGGGCCCUGCCGCUGUUCCUUCUCUGCUGCGACUACUUCCUUUCUGUCGACGAUCGCGAGCCGAUCUACACACGCAGCCCUUGGACCCGGCUGGAGCGAGCCGCUCUUCGCGAGGUCCUCACGCUUACCAGCGGGGGUGGGGCCACGAAGACGACCCGAGCCGGUCACCCGAGGAUGCUGCGCAUGUUGAGAGACGAGACGGCCUCGUUCAUGGACCUUCCCAAGCGGUCCACCACGGUGGUAUCCCACAUGAACAACCUGUCGAUGCUGCCCAAGCUGGAGGCGCUGCCGCCGUUCGGUCCCGGCAGCAAGUCGGCCGCUUCGGGCAUCUGGGCGUCGGACGUGCCGGCGAUGCAGCGCUCUUUCCAGCUCCUUGAUGGGUUGUCCUUGGGACAAGGGAAGGAAAACGCGAGAGAAGCUGCGGCAGCAGGGGUAGCGGCCGGUCGCGCGUCACCCCCGGCUGGCAAGGCCGGGCACGGCCAGACGAAGGUGCCGAGCGUGGGGACAAGGUACGGCCUUGAUCCCCCUUCGCCUGCGGCGAGCCCCACUGGCACCGGCGCCAGCGAGGACCUCGACGUCGACGUGAACAGGAGGAACGUGUCGGCGGCGAUGAGGACGGCGUUCAAGGCGGGCUCUGCGCGCGCCAACAGCAAUAACUACGACAACAAGCCGGUCUUCUCCGCCUCGUCGGUCGACCACCCCAACAAGGGCACAGUCGUCGCUCCCCCCGUCACUGUCCCGAGGGCGACCUCGGCAAACGCUGUGGAUGCGGCAGCCGCGGCCACGCUUGGCGGCGUCGCGGCCGCGAGAGAACGCAUCAUCGCGGGCGGCGGGCGCAAGCCCUUCGCGGGCGGCAGCGCGACUUCGGAGAGCGGAGAAUUCGACUCCGACUCGUCUUCGGCGAGCGGCGGUGGCCGUGGCGGCGGCGGCGGCGUUGGCACCCGGAGCGGUGGCCGUCAGUGGCGGAGGCGAAGGCCGUCUUCGAGGCGCGGUUCGUCCCGCUACGACGACGACGACAGCAGCAGCUUGAGCAGCCGCUCCGGCAGCGGCCCCGUCCGGAUGAAACCCCGCAAGUCCGCGCGUCCCCUGGCCGCCGACGCUCCCUCGCCGUCGCCGUUCGUCGCCGCUUCCGGGGCCACCGUUACCGGCGGCGGAAAUAGUUCUGAGCCUGGUGUUGGUGUUGCGCUACGACCCGCGGGCGGUAUUUGGGGCUUCCCUUAUUCGUCCUCCUCCUCCGACGUAAAGAUCGGUGGCGAGAUUAGUGCCGGUUCUUCGGCCGGCGGCGGCGGGCCCGGGGCGAAGAGUCUCGCCGCUCUGGCGGGACUGGCGGCGGACGAGAAGGAUGGCGACGGCGACGAGGAGGACACGGGGAGCGGGGGCGAGGAUGAAGUGGGGGGCGUGAUCGUCGUGGAGGAUAAGCGGGCGACCGGGCUACUGAACGACGCCGCGGUCACCACGGUUACGGCGGCGGCGGCGGCGGGAGAGGUUGAGUUCGACCAUCUCCCUAUGCUGGUGACCCCUACGCACCGAGAAAGGGCCCUCCUCGGGAGCGGCGAGAUCGGGGCUCGCAUGGGCGCAGGGGGCAACAACCUACACCUGCCGGCCAAGGGCGCUAAGGGAAGACCGCCCCCGUCGUACUCGUCGGUGGUCCCGAUCACGGCGGGCGGCGGCGCCGUGACCGGCAUCGUUGCCCGAGAGACUGCCGUAGACCACCAGAAAUUCUACCGGAGGUAUGGCGGGGUUGGCUGAGGGCGUACGCGAGAUGUUGCGUGUAAUGAGUCGAUCUCGUCGGACAUUUGUCGUUGGCGCCCCUCCCUGUAAUUUGUGUAGUAUUUCUGGGUUGGUCAACGUUUUAUUAUGAACAAGCUUGCUUUUGCAGUGCACCUCGGGAUGAAAGGGGGCUGCUGCCGAACCAAGUUGCGAAUCGGUACACACGUUUUCCACGACAUGUUUUCAUAGAUGACCAGAGGGGGGCAAAAAGCCUCCGCUCGGUUGGUUUUGUCGUGGGCGUGAGCCAGAGACCAGCGUUUACUCGAUUCUUCUUCUGACGGCGAUCACUGCUUCAGUAGGCACCCCUCUCAGCUUGUGAUUCUUCUAUGUCUGUUGAUGCCAUACGUGAUGCGUAUCCGAUUGUUGUGGUUGUAUUUGGUCUGAUGUUUCACACAUUCGUCGGUUGCUUUCGGUAUUGUGCCCGGUGGUUCGCUGUGGGCGGUACGGAUGGGCCGGGCCGGGCCGGGCCCUGUCUUGUUCUAUGGUACUGUGGACACCUACAAGAGCAGCAAGAAUUGGUGUACGGACCCGGCCUACUCUUUUGCUCUGGUCAGUUGUCCCGCACAUUUAUUUUCUACAAUAUCCCUUCGCAAGUUUGACGGUAUGUCCCGACGGUUGUUGGGCGCUUCUAAGCGGCGUUCUUGUUCUGUUCUUUUCGGUGGUGGCUGCGUGCUC